CAGACAUCUACAGGGUGGGGACUGGAACCCAGGGCUGUGCGGUGAAUAGACGAAGAACGCUCGGAGAAAGCUGCGGUACGUGUGCCGCUGCCGACACAGCUCGCUUGCUGCUGCCCCCGGCGGCAGGCCGCCCGGCGCUGCUGAAGCCCGGCUCCUCGGGAAUGCUGGGAAUGUUGAGUCAGGGACUGGCAGCCCAGCCUGCCAGGCUCGGAGCUGACUGAGGGACACUCGCUGGGGGACAGAAAGACGAGGGACGGGAGCGCGCAGCCCCCCCAAGGCAACAGCGAGGUCCCUCUGCCUCGCCCCGUGGCUGCUCGGCGGCCCCGGCUCUCCCUGCUGCCUCCUUCCUCCGCGCGAGAGAGAUGUCAGCUGAACGUGAUGUUGUAAAAUCCAUGUGAGGACGAAAGACAGAUGCAACGAUUUGAAAGGUACCUGAAUUGGAAGGUUUUUUGCCUACUGGAAGAAUACAGUGAAACUGCCAAUAUUUCUAGCUGGAAUUAUAAAUUUAAUAUUCAACUUUAGUCUUACUAGUUUCUUACUAAACAGUACCUCAAAGUAGAAGAAAGAUGUACGGAAGUGCGAGAACAAUCAGCAACUUAGAAGGAAGUCCCUCCAGGUCUCCUCGUUUGCCAAGAUCUCCUCGCCUGGGCCAUAGGCGAACAAGUAGUGGAGGAGGAGGAGGAACAGGUAAGACGUUAUCAAUGGAGAACAUCCAGUCCCUUAAUGCAGCCUAUGCAACAUCUGGACCAAUGUAUCUGAGUGACCAUGAAGGUGUAGCUUCUACUACUUUCCCAAAGGGCACAAUGACUCUUGGAAGGGCUACAAAUCGAGCUGUGUAUGGUGGUCGAGUCACAGCUAUGGGAAGCAGUCCUAAUAUUGCUUCAGCUGGACUGUCCCACACAGAUGUCCUUUCUUACACUGAUCAACACGGAGGUCUGACCACAUCUUCACACCAUCAUCACCACCAGGUUCCUUCUAUGCUGAGACAGGUUAGAGAUAGUACUAUGUUAGACCUGCAGGCUCAGCUUAAGGAACUACAGAGGGAGAAUGAUCUUCUCAGAAAAGAACUAGACAUUAAAGACAGCAAGCUGGGAUCCUCCAUGAAUAGCAUCAAAACUUUCUGGAGUCCUGAAUUAAAGAAAGAAAGAGUAUUGAGGAAGGAAGAAGCAGCCAGAAUGUCAGUUCUUAAAGAACAAAUGAGAGUUUCCCAUGAAGAAAAUCAGUUUUUGGAUGCCAGGAGAACAAAGCAUCUGCAAAUGACAAUCCAGGCUCUUCAAGAUGAGCUUAGAACCCAGAGAGACCUUAAUCAUCUUCUCCAGCAAGAAAGUGGAAACCGAGGUGCUGAGCAUUUUACUAUUGAGCUAACAGAGGAGAAUUUUCGAAGACUUCAAGCAGAACACGAUAGGCAAGCUAAAGAGCUUUUCCUGUUAAGAAAAACUCUAGAAGAAAUGGAGCUAAGGAUUGAAACACAAAAACAAACACUAAAUGCUAGAGAUGAAUCAAUAAAAAAGCUUCUGGAAAUGUUGCAAAGUAAAGGUUUGCCCUCUAAAGGAAUGGAAGAUGACAAUGAGAGAACUCGAAGGAUGGCAGAAGCUGAAUCUCAGGUUAAUCAUUUAGAAGUGAUAUUAGACCAGAAGGAGAAAGAAAACAUACAUCUUAGAGAGGAAUUACAUAGAAGAACUCAGCUUCAGCCUGAGCCAGCAAAGACGAAGGCUCUUCAAACAGUUAUUGAAAUGAAGGAUACAAAAAUAGCUUCACUUGAGCGCAAUAUAAGAGACCUUGAAGAUGAGAUACAGAUGUUAAAGACAAAUGGAGUUCUGAAUACAGAAGAUCGAGAAGAAGAAAUCAAACAAAUAGAAGUUUACAAGAGUCACUCGAAGUUCAUGAAAAAUAAGAUUGACCAACUGAAACAAGAACUCUCAAAGAAAGAAUCAGAACUUCUUGCCUUACAAACUAAGCUUGAAACCCUUAGCAAUCAGAAUUCAGAUUGCAAGCAACACAUUGAAGUGCUUAAAGAGUCACUUACUGCCAAAGAACAGAGAGCUGCCAUACUUCAGACAGAGGUUGAUGCCUUGCGGUUGCGAUUGGAAGAAAAAGAAACAUUUCUCAAUAAAAAAACAAAACAACUUCAAGACCUCACAGAAGAGAAAGGAACCCUGGCUGGAGAGAUUCGGGAUAUGAAAGACAUGUUGGAAGUAAAAGAAAGGAAAAUCAAUGUCCUUCAAAAAAAGAUUGAAAAUCUACAGGAGCAACUUAGGGACAAAGACAAACAACUAACUAAUUUAAAGGACAGAGUGAAGUCAUUGCAGACAGAUUCUAGUAACACAGACACAGCACUAGCCACCUUAGAAGAAGCUCUAUCUGAAAAGGAAAGAAUAAUAGAACGCUUGAAGGAGCAAAGGGAGCGAGAUGACAGAGAAAGACUUGAAGAAAUUGAAUCUUAUAAAAAGGAAAACAAAGACUUGAAGGAGAAAGUUAAUGCUUUACAAGCUGAACUGACAGAAAAAGAGUCUAGUUUAAUCGAUCUCAAAGAACAUGCAUCUUCAUUGGCAUCAGCAGGGCUGAAAAGAGACUCCAAACUUAAGUCUUUAGAAAUAGCCAUAGAACAAAAGAAAGAAGAGUGUAGUAAGUUGGAAGCACAGUUGAAAAAGCAAGCUGAACAGUUGUUCAAUCAGAUGUACAAUCCUAUGCCAAUUAGGAAUAAUGGGAAGCAAGGGGCUCAUGAGGCUGAAGAGGAGGCACGGAUGAAUCCAGAAUUUGCAGACAGAAUGAAACAGCUUGACAAGGAGGCAUCAUACUAUAGAGAAGAAUGUGGCAAAGCUCAGGCUGAGGUUGACAGACUUCUAGAAAUUCUCAAGGAAGUAGAGAAUGAGAAGAAUGACAAAGAUAAGAAAAUUGCUGAGUUAGAAAGCUUGACUUCCAGACACAUGAAGGACCAAAACAAGAAGGUUGCCAAUCUGAAGCACAAUCAGCAACUGGAGAAAAAAAAGAAUGCACAGCUGUUGGAAGAAGUUCGUAGACGAGAGGACAAUAUGACAGACAACUCUCAACAUUUACAAGUAGAAGAACUGAUGAAUGCAUUGGAAAAGACAAGACAAGAACUAGAUUCUACCAAAGCCCGUCUUGCCUCGACACAGCAGUCUUUGGCUGAGAAGGAAGCACAUCUGGCUAACCUGAGAAUAGAGCGGAGAAAGCAACUUGAAGAAAUUCUAGAAAUGAAACAGGAAGCAUUGCUUGCUGCAAUUAGUGAAAAGGAUGCAAACAUUGCCUUGCUUGAACUGUCAGCUUCAAAGAAAAAGAAGACACAAGAGGAAGUAAUGGCUCUUAAAAGAGAGAAGGACAGAUUAGUACAUCAGUUAAAGCAGCAGACACAAAAUAGAAUGAAACUAAUGGCAGAUAACUAUGAUGAUGACCAUCACCACUACCACCACCAUCACCACCAUCACCAUCACCGAUCUCCUGGGAGGCCACAACACUCCAACCACAGACCCUCUCCAGAUCAGUUGUCAGAGGAACUAGUGAAAGAGGAAGAAAAAAUGUAUCACUGGAAAGUUAUGAUGAUAAUCUAUUGCAUUGGAUCUCCAAACAUGACCAUGAUAUCCUGGAGAAGAUCACAGAUGCAGAAAAUGAAUGCUAAGGUUGAUAUCUAAUGAAAUGCUGCAUUAAUUGGCAUCUUCUCCAUUAUUUCUUGUAGUCUGCUGUGAAAUUAGAUACUUCGUAAAACAAUGAAGGAGACUCAAGCAGAAAUUACAAGAGCUUUAUUUCUAUCUUUAACGGGUCUUGCAAGUCAUUGUUUUCACAAACAAACCAAGUGUUCAAAUAUUAUUGUUUAAUGAAGUUCAUUUAAUCAGGUUAUGUAAAUCUUUUUUGGUAAAUUGAUAUUGAUUUUAAUAAGUAAUUCAGAUGUAGGUAAUUUAGGUAUGGCAUCUGCAUUUGCUGAUUUUACCUAGACUAUUCUAAAACUUCUAUUGCACUAGAUUAUCAAAGAGGUAUUUGUAUAAUGUUAUAUAAAGGGUGUUGGCAUUAAUCUUAACCCCAAUUAGAUGUGGGCUUUUUAAAAAAAUUAAAAUCAAGCCUUUACCCUCCUCUGUUUUCUUAUAUCUACUGAUAAUUAUAAUUAAAAAAAAACAACAAACCAAAAUGAAAACAAACAAACAAACAAGAAAAAAAAAAUAGCAACAAAAAAAGAAUGGAAAAAAUCACAUAGAUAGUAUAACCGGUAUUAAGCUCUGGGCCAGGUUGGAAAUGAAAUCAAUUUUUGGUACUUACAACUGAUGGCAAAGAUUAACUCUAUGAAAAUAUGGUGUGUGUCUCUGACAAUGCAUAGGACAUCUAAUUUGAUCAUAAAUAUACAAUUAUAAACAAGAUGUAUCUAUUCCUGGAUGGUAAAAGCUUGAGGCGUAUAUAAAUACAUAUGUUUGUAUAUAUAUGGACUAUAUGGACAUAUACACAAGGAUGUAUCAACCUUUUACCAUCCAAAUGCAUACAGAUCUUCAACAAUGAAAGCUGGGACUCUUUAAAAAAAUAAAAAUAAAGUAAGAUUGCUGUGAAUACAGUAUAUGCACUAGGUCUCCUGUAAAUGAGGAACUGUUUGUUAUCAUUUUCUGUGUUGAAAAACAGUCUCUAACAUGGAUCCCAAUGACUUUUAGAUGUUAAAGAAGAAAAUAACAAUGAACAAACAGCCCAUAGAGGCUGUCUGAAUCACCAAAAUAUGUAUAGUGAAAUAAAUUUAAAGCACAUGCAAGGAAAAACAGAAAUGUGAAGUCAUUACAUUCAGUGAGAGAAUAUUAACUGAUAGAUAAAUGUCUGCUACUUCUUGAGGAGAGGAUCCUUGUGACUCCAUGAACAUUUUUGGUCAGUCUGGCAAACCUACAAAUGUUUGGCUGUUUUAUCGGGGCAUCUUUUCGUCCGUGGGAGAAAUGCUUCCACGGUGAUGGGAGUGGGAAUAGAAUAUCUACAUUUUUAAAGGACAAACAAUAAAUUUAAGCAUGGGUGGCCUUAAUCCUUAGUAGUUUUUCUUUGCUGCUGUAAAAAAGAAAAAUCUAAGUGGAUACUCCUAAAGUCUUGCACUGAAUUUAGAAAAAAUAUUUUUUGAACCUGUGGUGCAAUUAACCCUAAACAUCCUACAUGAGCCAUACAUAUACCCCUCUAAAGUGAUUGUCUAGAGAUGAUAUUUUAUUUAUUUGUACCAUAAUUCAUGGUGCAGUCAAAGAGCAAUUUAUUUGAGCAGGAGUCCUGCUGGAUGCUACUGUUUUCCAUAGAUAGAAAAUGUAUAGAAUUAGUAUAGCAUAGAUAAUCCAAAUUUCAUUCAUGUUUAAAAAGUUUGUCCUUUAACUAUCAAUGGCAUUUUAGAUCUUUGUUUUGAAACAGCAAAGCUUUUGGGAGUAUAUUUAGCACAUAUGACAAAUGUUGCACUUGGAAACUCAGACAACAAAGCUUAGUUUCUUGUGACAAAUUUGUUGUCACAGUAGGGGACAAUCGUCUGUGUCUCUUACAAUCAGGUCUUAACCUUAACUCUGCAACUGAAUACUUGAAGUAGGAAAUAAACUAGGGGGAAAUAGGGUCAGGCGCAAAGCUGUAUAGUUAGAUAUUUAUAUGUAUGUGCCAAUUUUGUCACAGGUAUUACUUUCGGGGCAUUUUUGCUCCAUUCAUGUUGGUAAGAGUAUUGAUCUAAACUUUUAUCAGGGCCUACAGUUUAGCCCUAAGGAGGAAAACUCUGUCUAACAUUGCUUUCUUUAUCGUUCUUUUUCCUUUUCUUUUUGUUUUUCAUUUCAUGUGAUACUCUAUGAUGUUUGCAGAAAAUCUUUUCAUAUACUAAAAUAGAAUCUCGGGGUUUACAAUAAACACUGUGAUGUUGGGAAAAUAUUUUAUUUGAGCAAUGUUUGGUAGUUCUUUUCCCCCUUGAAGUGUAAAGAAGCAAACCAACUUUUGGUUAACACUUAAGAUAAUGAUUAUUAUUUUAAUGUGAGAUCAGUCUUGUACUGCGCAUUCUUUCUUUCAUUUAAAUGUACAGUAUGAAUUUUGUAUUUAAUGAAUUUUGUGUAUCCAGUAUGCACGUACCUGCACAUUGACUUUCAUUUGAAAGUGAGUUUCAAUUUACUUUUUAAACAGUGUUUAUGAAAAGACCUCAGAUGUGUUGACACAAACUAUACCUGCAAUGUUGUUUUUUUUUUCUGUGUGUAGGGUGACGUUUGAAUGUGAUGUUCUGCAGCAAUGGGUCAGUAUUCCCUAAUAACCUUAGAUCCUCAUUUGAUAGUGCUUCUUGUAAUACUUUUUUCAAGUGAGUGGCAUGUUCUGGAUUGUGAUAUUGAUAUGUGGUUAAGGAUAUCGAUAUGAAACUAAGGAAUUCCUAGAAAUUAACAGUGGGCAUGUAUUAGACAGUCAUUGUAAUUUAAUGUCUAGUAGAAGUGUAAAGUACCAAGGUAUUUAGAGUUCAUAACAUUGUUAUCAUGUGUAUGGGAAGUAUUUAGUGUUGAUCAUCUUGUUUAUA